AUGGCCCCGCUGGAUGUGGCCCUGCAGGGCUUCUCGGUGUUCGGCCUGGUUCUGUUCGUGGUUCUGUGGUUCAUGCACUGCAUGUCCAUCAUCUACGUGCGUCUCCACCUCCAUAAGAAGAGGCCUGAAGCCAAGCAGCCGUACGCUCAGGUGCUCGGAGUCUCCCUGCUGAAGCCGCUGAAGGGCGUCGACCCCAACCUCAUCUCCAACCUGGAGACCUUCUUCACGCUGGACUACCCCAAGUAUGAGAUCCUGCUGUGUGUCCAGGAUCAGGACGAUCCAGCCGUGGACGUCUGUAAGAAGCUGCUGGGAAAAUAUCCCAACGUGGACGCUAGACUCUUCAUCGGUGGGAAGAAGGUGGGAAUCAACCCCAAGAUCAACAACCUGAUGCCAGGAUACGAAGCAGCCAAAUAUGGACUGGUGUGGAUCUGUGACAGCGGCAUCAGAGUGAAACCCGACACCCUGACGGAUCUGACCAAUCAGAUGACAGAGAAGGUGGGAUUGGUCCACGGUCUGCCGUUUGUCGCAGACCGCCAAGGUUUCGCCGCCACUUUAGAGCAGGUGUACUUUGGGACAUCCCACCCCCGCUCCUACAUCUCGGCCAACGUAACGGGGAUCAAGUGCGUGACGGGAAUGUCGUGCCUGAUGAGGAAGGACGUGUUGGACCAGGCGGGGGGGCUGGUGGCCUUCGCUCAGUACAUCGCUGAGGAUUACUUCAUGGCCAAGGCCAUCGCCGACAGAGGAUGGAGGUUCUCCAUGGCCACACAGGUGGCGCUGCAGAACUCCGGCUCCUACUCCAUCGCACAGUUCCAGUCCCGCAUGAUCAGGUGGACCAAGCUGCGGAUCAACAUGGUUCCUGCCACCGUCCUGGAACCCGUCUCCGAGUGCUUCCUGGCCAGCCUCAUCAUCGGCUGGGCCGCGCAUCACGUGUUCAGGUGGGACAUGAUGGUCUUCUUCAUGUGUCACUGCCUCGCGUGGUUCAUCGCUGACUACGUCCAGCUGACGGGGGUGCAGGGCGGCCCCCUCAGCUUCUCCAAGCUGGACUUCGCCGUGGCCUGGUUCAUCAGGGAGUCCAUGGCCGUGCAGAUCUUCCUGUCGGCCCUCUGGGACCCCACCAUCAGCUGGAGGACGGGCCGCUACCGGCUGCGCUGCGGCGGCACCGCCGAGGAGAUCCUGGAUGUGUAGUUACCACGGCAACCAGCGGCUCUGCUUCCUGCUGCUGGGGGGGGGGGGGGGGGGGCAGGCAGAGACUGUUUUAUAUGCGAGGUGUGUGCGCGAGCAUGUGUGUGUUUUUUAACUAUUUAUGUUCCUGUUGGUGCUAAGAGUAAAACGACAGAACGAGGAGAGCAAAGCACUGGAAGGAGUGAGGCAUCGCACUGAAUAACCUGAUCUCUGCUCAGCCAGUAAGGACGCAGCAGCACCAACCCCGGCUUCUUAUUGGUCCUCCAGAAAGUUAGAGCCACCAGAGCUCUGCUGCCCUCUGGUGGCCGCAGCAUGUUGGUCACCGCACUGAUGCCACCUCUGCGCCCCCUGCUGGUCACAUUGGGGACGGCGCCCCCUGCUGGUGGUGUUGGGAAGGUUGAAGGAUUUCAACAGAAACCUUUUCAGGCAAAGACUAAAAAGUUUGCUGCUGCCGCCGCGUCUCUGACCGUUUUUGGACUUUCUGAUGAGUUAAAGUGUAAAUCUGUUUAGUUCCCCAGACGACCUGAUAUUUAUCUGCUGAUUACCAACAAGUCUGGGAGGAAAACAGGUUUUUAAGCUUCAAUUCAGAGAUGAAAAAACCUGAUCUGGAUCGACUCCCACCAAUCAGACGCAGAGUUCCUCGUGUUUAAAAAUUUAAUGUAGAAACCAAGCAAAGAUGCACUUUCAUGGAAAACUUUUAGUUUUGUUGUUACAGAAACGGCUGCCAUGAUUUUUUUUAGCAACCCAAGUUGGAAGUGAACUGAACAAACUGUGAUUGAACCGGUUUCCCUGAUUAUUUAUUCUGAUUCUAGAUUACCUCUGUAAAAGUCCGCUUUGAGUCCCAGUAAAAAACAAAAACAAGCAGUCAUGGAUCAGAAAACUGACGUCACACUCGGCUCUUAACGGGGUCAACCGUGUUGACCAAUCAGAGGCCAGCAGCACUGUAAUUAAGUGAUUCCUUUAUUCUGAUGGUCGAAACAUUUCAGCAGAACAAAUGGACCAAAAAGAUGAAAGGUGACGCGUUUCUCUGCAGCUUGCGUCACGCUGCGCGCUCAGCCGCAGGGGUUUGGUGAUGACGUCAUCAGCGGUCGGAUGAACCCCGCCUGAACUUUUCUUUUUCCUAUAUUUCAUUUUUUUAUUGUUAUAAACUGCUGUAACUGACCAAUCAAGACCCUUACCCAGUCAGCACUUUCUGUGAUUGGUUGAUGGGGGUGUUGUGGGCGGGGCUUGGACAGACAGACGGCAGCCAUUGGUUGUAUGGUUUAUUUAUUUAUUCAUGCUCCAACUUCCUGUCACACUUCCAGAAUAAAUAAAGAUUCAACAAA